AUGGGAGCUUGCGCAUCAUGUUUAGGAAGGGGGGAUACCAAUACUUAUGAUGAGGAGGAAGAGAGCCGCCUCCUUUACGACGAAGCCAAUGGAAUGCAAUACGGCAGCUUUGGAGAUCAAGCUAUAAAUGGAGAGAACGAUACCCUCGAAGCUCAGCGCGAGAACGAGGCCUUACAGCGAGUCAUCGCCAAAACCUCAGAGUACGUUGCUUUGGCCGAUUUUGGAGCUUGGAAGAUGCUAACACCGGCGGAUAGUAACAUGGUAGAUAUCUUCGAUAUCGCGCCGCAAGAGAAUGGAAACCGUGGAACAACAACUCCCUUCGCUUAUGCUGGCCAAGGCGCACGCCUUGCUCGAUACCAGCAUCUCGUGGCAAAGCUCAGUAAACAAGGCGAAAACACUCCUGUGAGCGGCGUCAAGGUGGACUGGUUGCCUGAAGACGAGACGAUAGAGAUGCAAAAGAACGGACCGGCUAGCAUCAAGACCCUCGAGAGUGAUGACGGACCCCUUGUGGGGACCUUUGCAGAUGCUGCAGCGGCAAUGCAGUGA